AUGGCUCGUUUGAAUGAAUACCAGGUCAUUGGCCGUAACCUGCCAACUGAAUCCGUUCCUGAACCAAAGUUGUUCAGAAUGAGAAUUUUCGCUCCAAACGUGGUGGUCGCCAAGUCUCGUUACUGGUAUUUCUUGCAAAGACUCCACAAGGUCAAGAAGGCUUCCGGUGAGAUUGUCUCCGUCAACGCCAUCCACGAGGCUCACCCAACCACCGUUAAGAACUUCGCCGUCUGGGUCAGAUACGACUCCAGAUCUGGUACUCACAACAUGUACAAGGAGAUCAGAGACGUUUCCAGAGUCGCUGCCAUCGAGUCCUUGUACCAGGACAUGGCUGCCAGACACAGAGCCAGAUUUAGAUCUAUCCACAUCUUGAAGAUCGCCGAGAUCGAGAAGACCGCCGAUGUCAAGAGACAGUACGUCAAGCAGUUCUUGACCAAGGACUUGAAGUUCCCAUUGCCACACAGAGUCGAGAAGUCCACCAAGACCUUCGCUUACAAGAGACCUUCCACUUUUUACUAA